AUGAUACCAGGGACGUUGGGUACCGGCGAGAGGGCACAGUUGCCCCUGGAUGUGGAACACGCCGUGUUCCGACAACCGCAGAAGCGGAUAUUCGACUCGCAGACGACGGCAACCUUCCAAGAGAGCGUUGCCCUCGCACGUAUAAGGUUCCACAUCGAGAAGUACAUGCGGAUGAUGCGUGGUGAUACUAGUGGGGGCAUCUCUGCGUCCGUAGCACGCAUGUUGCAGAUUUUGGACAGGUUAGAUGCUCUCGUGGACGAGACACCGCCUCUCGUGGGGCCCAGACGGUACGGGAACCUCGCCUGUAGGGACUGGCACGAUAAAGUGGACUCCUCUUUGCCCGGGCUCACGUCGCAGGUCGACUGUCUGGCCGGUGGGGGGGCCUGUAUCGAGGCAGAGUACUACCUUCGAAACAGUUUCGGGUCGAAGAUCAGACUGGACUACGGGACGGGCCACGAACUGUCCUUCCUUGCAUUCGUCGCCGCACUAGAUAUGAUGAGCCAACCUCGAGGGAUUACCCCCGUGGAGCUUUCCCGGUUGUGGGACCGUUACUACAGGCUCGUCCGCAGACUCAUCGUCGAUUACAACUUAGAACCAGCAGGGUCGCACGGCGUGUGGGGGCUCGACGACCACUUCCACCUCGCGUACCUGUGGGGAGCAUCGCAGUUUGCAAACAACCCAGUGGGGGUACAACCAAGGGACGUCCUCUCAGGUGUGAUCCCAGGCAGAGACGAUGCCCCUGCAAACUUCCUAGUCGAGGCCAUCGGUUUCGUCAAGAGCGUCAAACACGGUCCCUUCUGGGAGAACUCACCAAUGCUCAACGAUAUCCUCUCCGGCGUCAGCUCCUGGCGCAAGAUCCAGCGCGGACUGUUCAGAAUGUACAACGCAGAGGUCCUCAACAAGUUCCCAGUGGUCCAGCACUUUUGGUUCGGCACCGCGUUCUUCCCCUGGACCAGCGUACGAGACGGCACACCGCUGCCCGUCUACGAGCAGAGUGCGGAUACAGAACAAGAAACCUUCGACAGUGGGGCACCGCCGGGACCAGGGACUACCACUCUCCCAGCCCUCGAUACUUCGACCAUGGCAUCGGUACCGUCCCGCCGACCGGCAAUGGGGCCACCAGCGGGACGCCAAGUUAACAAGUUCAUCCAGCAUACGACCGCAUCGCACAGAGACCGUCUCAGACGGUAA